AUGGCUAGAUCGAUUGUGCUUACAUUGUGCUUUAUUUAUAUUUUACUUGGAGUUUACCACAAUAAUUUUUAUGUAUUUUUGUCCUUUAACUGUGACCAAACCAAUGUUUUGCUCCAGUGCAGAGAGCCUAUGGAUCCGUAUCUACUUCUUAAAGCUGCUGGUUUCCUUCUUUUAGAAAUAAUUGGGAUUCCAGGCAAUGUCUUCAUCAUGGUUCAAUUCACCUACUUCAGGAUAAUUGAGAAGAAACUCCUUCCAACUAAUAUCAUAUUAAUGGUGCUAGCACUAGUGAAUUUGCUUGUGAUCCUUUCUCGUACCAUUCCCCAGUCAAUUAAUGCAUUAGGAGUUGAGGAAUUACUGGAUGACACAGAGUGCAAAUUUGCUAUCUUCAUCUACAGAAUAAAUCGGGCCAUGUGUAUAUGUGUUACCAGUUUUCUCAGCUGUUACCAGUGUAUACUUAUUGCUCCAAACACAAAGUUAUGGAAUUAUUUUAAACAUACUGUUACCCAAAAUGUGGUGACUAUUAUUUUUAUUUUCUGGAUAAUUAACAUCACCAUAUACCCUUAUAGCAUUCUCAAUGCCCAUACACAAAGAAAUCAAACAACUUCCCCCUAUACUCUUCAUUUAGUGUACUGUGAUGCAGAUUUCUUGAACUACAUGGCAUACAUAGUCAAUGGGGCAAUCUAUUCAAUUCGUGAUUUUAUUUUUGUUGGGUUGAUGGUUUUGGCAAGUAGUUAUAUUGUAUUUACAUUGCUUACUCAUGAAAGAUCAGUAAAAGGAAUACGCAGCUCAGACAGAACCCAGCGGAGAUCUGUGGAGUACAGAGCUUCUAUAGCUGUUAUCUUGUUAGUUACAUUGUAUGUACUGCUUUAUGGGUUGGAUAACUGUAUGUGGAUCUACACCUUGACUCUGUCUAACGUUUCUCCUUACAUGAAUGAGAUUCGAACUUUCUUAGCAUCCUCGUACUCAAGUCUCAGUCCUAUAGUCAUAGUAAUUACUAACCCAAAACUUCAGCAGAAAUUAUUCACUUGCAAAAGAGAAAGGAAUCGGAAUUCUGAAGUGAAUGGACCAGUGUAUUCCAUAAGCAAAUGA